AUGCUACAGUCACAGAUUCUAUGCAAUGCCUUGGUACGGGUCGGUCAGAUCGGUAAUGGCGGCUGGGAAAUUUGUAACGACACGGAUGUACGUCCAGCGUCAGAGUGUUUAGUCUACUCCUUCGGGAUGAAUGGGAAUUGGGCGUUUGAAAUAGACAUGAUACGAAAGUUUGGUUGCACUGUUCACUCCUUUGAUCAGAAAGUGAAUCUUCCAUCGUACAAGAAUACCAGUCUCAUAAGACGCCAUUUCAUUGGGCUAUGGCAUGAAGAUACAUUCCUGUAUAAGAAUGGUGGUGAGAAGUUCCGGAUGGAAACGUUAAAGUUGUUACGUACAAGGAUGGGGCACGACAAGAUCCCCAUUGACAUUAUAAAAAUCGACAUUGGUGCAGCUGAAUGGCACAUUCUCCCAAACAUCAUUGAGACUGGUGCCCUUUUGGGAGUAAGACAGCUUCUGAUUGAGGUUCACGUAGCCAUACAAGGUGCUGAUAUCCAUUUCCGGGAGAAGCUGGUAAUUCUCCGGGAGCUGUAUGACAUGGGGUUCCGUUUGUUCUGGUCACACCCUAGCGAUGAGCCCGGAAAGACUUUCAGGUGUUCAGUAAACCAGAAACACACAACAUGUUGUUACGAAUUACAUUUCAUUAAUAAAAAAUAUGUUUCAUGAAUUCAUUAACAUUCUACACCGACA